AUGUCAGAUACACUUUUAGACCUUGACUUUGAAACAACAGCACAAAAUCCAAAUUCCAAUGAAAUUCUACCUUUGGGAACAGAAGCAUUAAUAAUUUAUAAUUCACCAAGUGGAGAAAAAAGAUCCACCAAAAAUCAAACAAAAGAAAAUACUAAAAAUGACACUGGUUCUCUCUUUGACGAUUUAGGUAUUAAAGAUCAUACAGCUAACCAACAAACAAAUGAAAAUUCAAAACCUUUAUCUGAUUCUGAAAUUUUAAAAAAGUUUUCUUCUCCACCUCAUCCAAAAUAA